AUGAUGCAUAAUGUGUCCUUCAUAACAGUGUUUACUCUCUCAGGGUUGAAUGAGAUAAUGGACCUGCGACUCACUCUCUUCUUUCUCUCUCUGUUGUGUUACUGUGUGAUUUUAAUGGUAAAUGUCUGUCUCAUCGUAACUAUCAUUAUGGAUGAAAACCUGCAUGAACCCAUGUACAUUUUGUUGUGUAGCUUUUGUAUCAAUGGACUUUAUGGAGCCACAGGCUUCUACCCAAAGUUCCUCUGGGAUCUGCUGUCGCCACUUCAUGUCAUCUCUUAUGCUGGCUGCCUGUUACAGGCUUUUGUGAUGCACUCGUUUGCUUGCAGUGAUCUUUCCAUCCUUGCAGUUAUGGCCUAUGACAGAUAUCUGGCCAUAUGUCGGCCACUGGAGUACCACGCUGUCAUGACCAAGCAGAGACUCUCCCAAUUAGUGUGUUGGUCUUGGAUUUUACCAUUUUGCAUUGUAGGUACCAAUCUUUUUUUAACAUCUAGUUUAAGGUUAUGCAGUUCAAAUAUUGAGAGACUAUUUUGUAUAAACAGGGUAAUUGUAAAACUUGCAUGCCCCUCCAUCAACACCAAUAUAUACAAUAUUGUUACAUAUUUAACAAUAUCAUUCUAUGUGUCUCAUGGUUUGGUUAUAACCUGGUCCUACAUGUAUCUGAUCAGGACAUGUGUGAGGUCAGUCGAGGAAAGUGGAAAGUUCAUGCAGACAUGUUUGCCACAUUUAAUCUCGUUAUUCAUAUUUCUUGUGUGCAUACUUUUCGAUGUCAUUUGCACGAAAUUUGGCUCAAAAUAUUUACCUCAAAUGCUUCAAAAUGUGAUUUCAAUCGAAUUUCUCCUAAUCCCCCCAGUCAUGAAUCCCCUUAUAUAUGGGUACAAACUAACUAAAAUUCGAAACAGGAUUCUGAGUUUUGUCACUGCUAAACGAAACUGA